AGAGGUGCUGUGUGCACAGGAAGUGAUGAGUGAGCCUACCUGGGAUUGUGAGGCUACUUGCAGUGUUUUUCAACAUUGACAAUGGAUUGUUAUUUCGAGAUAGACCUAUAGCCGAUUUGAACUGACAAAAAAAAAAAAAAAUGAAAUAACUUAAUCGUGGCACUUGUAGGAUAAUUCGUAUAUUAUUAGUCCUAUUAUAAUGUGUUUGUGACAGUCACAUAUAGACGUUUUGGCUGUUUGUAGUAAUAUUCCCUUGUGGUAUGUAUCCAUGCAGCCUCUACUCCCUAAACUACUUGAAUAGAGAGGGGGAAAUGGAGUCGAGCCGUCUUUUCCGUUCCCUUUCAUCCUCCGGAAAUUUGACUGGAUCCAAAGAUUGCCAUGGAAAUCAACAAAGACAUCGCCAUGCCCUCAACGUGUGUCCUAUGAAAUCAAACAAAUAUCCCGGAUCAACAACAAAGAGUGUGUGGUAUACUGCCUCCCCAGUCUCUUUGCUGAGCAACAACAUUCAGCGACACAUUGACUUCUUGGUAUGCAACCGAAUAGCCAUGCUCUACAUCAGCAUUUGCCACCCCCUUCCCUAACAAAAAGUGUGUUUUAGUAUGGAAAGUUGUUGCUAUGCAUUAGUUAUAGAGGAACAUGCAUGCAUUUGACUUUUACAGUGUAUAGUGUGACUGAAUAGCCGACGACUGUCUACAUUUUCACACCGUCUAUUGUUGCUUUUAUUUCUCUCAACUUUCUUUCUUGUGUUAUUCAGCCGUUUAACCAAAACCACAGUCAGCAAUCUCACAAUACCUGGGAUUGAUGAUGCACACGGACCAAUAGGAGAGGGGCCUCGGCACGCGGAUUGUUAUUUGAUGGGUGCAUGUUAGUAGGGGGAUAAGGCCUCCUCCAAUGAUCGUCUGAGUACCGGGUCACAUGUUUGGUCCCCCCUUCCUCUCCAUUCAUCAGGGGUGGACUGUGUUGUCUUUUCAAUUCAUUUAUCUGCAGGAAUGAUUGCGACUAUCAGUCUGAAGCUCACCGCCUGACUGGGGAGGUGAAAGUUUCGCCACAGGAAGAUAAACCGCAAAAUACAAUAUUGUACAUGAUUUGCGUGUGCAUCGGAUGAGAAUUAGUGUGGGGGAAAAUUCCACUCUUGUUUUAGGUAAAUAGAAAACCGGUGGAUUGGAGUUUGUACUCCUGUAAGGUCUGAGAGAGACUUUUGCAUAAAGAGAGAAAGCGAGAGAGGUAUAGAAGUGAGAGAAUAACUGUUCGUGAUUUUUUAUUUCUGCUCUCAGUCGCCUCAUUGAGUUGUAGACUGCCGGAAGAUGCUUCUGGAUGCAGGACCCCAGUACCCCACCAUAGGAGUCACUACGUUCGGCUCCUCAAGGCAUCACUCAACAGGCGAAGUCACAGAAAGAGAAGUGGCUUUGGGGAUAAAUCCGUUCGCAGACGGGAUGGGAGCUUUUAAAAUCAACCACAGCUCCCACGACCUGGGCUCCGGCCAGACGGCGUUCUCCUCCCAGGCUCCCGGCUACGCUGCUGCCGCCCUGGGUCACCACCACCACCCGACACACGUCAGCUCCUACUCCACCGCAGCCUUCAACUCCACCCGGGACUUUCUCUUCAGAAACCGGGGCUUCGGGGAUGCCACCAGCGCGCAGCACAGCCUGUUUGCCUCCGCAGCGGGAAGUUUUGCAGGGCCACAUGGACACUCCGAUGCCGCGGGGCACCUGCUCUUCCCGGGACUCCACGAGCAAGCCGCAAGUCAUGCAUCAUCAAAUGUCGUCAACAGCCAGAUGCGGCUUGGCUUUACCGGGGACAUGUACGGCCGGGCUGACCAGUACGGCCAUGUUACGAGCCCCCGCUCCGACCACUACGCCUCCUCCCAGCUGCACGGCUAUGGCCCCAUGAACAUGAACAUGGCGGCUCACCACGGGGCAGGGGCCUUCUUCCGAUACAUGAGGCAGCCCAUCAAACAAGAGCUCAUCUGUAAGUGGGUCGAGCCCGAACAGUUGUCGAACCCCAAAAAGGCUUGCAACAAAACGUUCAGCACGAUGCACGAGCUCGUGACCCACCUGACAGUGGAGCAUGUGGGGGGACCGGAACAGUCUAACCAUAUCUGCUUCUGGGAAGAGUGCGUCCGAGAAGGAAAACCGUUCAAAGCCAAAUACAAACUGGUAAAUCAUAUCAGAGUGCACACCGGAGAGAAACCAUUCCCAUGUCCCUUCCCCGGCUGUGGAAAAGUGUUUGCCCGAUCGGAGAACCUGAAAAUCCACAAAAGGACACACACUGGUGAAAAACCUUUCAAGUGUGAGUUUGAGGGCUGCGACAGACGGUUUGCCAACAGCAGCGACCGGAAGAAACACAUGCACGUCCAUACAUCUGACAAGCCUUAUCUCUGCAAGCAAUGCGACAAGUCCUACACACAUCCAAGCUCUCUGCGGAAACACAUGAAGGUUCACGAGGCUACCACGCAAGGACCCCAACCGUCACCAGCGGCCAGUUCCGGGUACGAAUCGUCCACGCCGCCCACCAUCGUGUCCCCGUCCACAGAGAACCAUAAUUCCAGUUCCAUAUCACCGGCAACCUCGACAGUACACCACACGACCAGUCACCACACCACGCUGUCGUCAAAUUUUAACGAAUGGUACGUGUAAAAUAUUUUCACAAAGACUGCAGAAAUAGGACUGCUUGGAAUCAAAGACUUUGAAAGUCAGUCUUAUAAAUGCGUGGACAGAGAAAAUACAAGGAAGCCAAAAUGGUUGGUUAAUGGCUACAGAGAGAGAGACAGAGUGAUGCAUGGACAAGGUGCACGACCAGCUACCAAGUUAAAGUUUUUUUUAAACAUCCCCCCCCCCCCCCCCCCCCCCGGCUCUUUUUUGAAAGACUGCACGCAAGAUAUCUCAAUGCAUGCUAUCUGCGGUUCGUGGCCUGAUUUUCUUUGUACAUAAAGAUUCACAGUUCAAACAUGUUAUAUUUUAUUUUGUAAAUAGUUAUAUCACAGUUUAAGGGCAUUUGUGAAAAUGUGGUCCCUAGAUAUAUGGAAAAUGAGAUGGUUUUACCAAUAAUAUUGCGAUGACUAGUGUUGAUUGAACAGAAUGUUGUAGUUGAUGUGUACCCAAUGUGAAUUACUCAGUAUAACUUCCGUCUCCACUAUGACGUCGACCUUACCGACUAUUAGUCUAUUUAUGUGCUUUUGUAUUUGGUGCCACAUUCCGUCUACGGUCCAGUUGGAGUAGCACAGUACUUACCAUUGCUGUUAUUUAAUGUCAUGUCGAUAAAUCGUGUAGUGAAAGCCUGAAACUCCGUGUCAAUCUGUUUAUGUACGUGAUAAAAUAUUUUAAAAAACUAUUUGUCCAUUACCUUGAUAAUGUCAAGGCAGUAUUACCUACAUGUAUAUAGCUCAAUUUUCCAUAUUUAUCCGCAUGUAAAGGGUAACGUUAGAAAUGAUCGGGAAUUAUGGAGAAAUACGCUCUUAUGUAGAAUUUAGUCUACACAAAAUGUUUGGUUACAUUUCGUACUAUAUUAAAGCAUAAAAAAAUACAACCAACUAUUGUCUUCCAAUAUUUUUUGUUUCUCAUCGCCUACUGUCUAAAUAUGACUGGACAUCAAAAUGACUGCUUCGUGAUUACCUAUGUAUACCAUUAUCAUUAACAACACACUUAAAUAGAGAACUAGGCAUUUCGUAAAGCAUGAUAAGCCUAUAUAUGAGGUAUUAUAUUGAAAUAACUAUCAUACUAAAAGUAACCGUUUUAAAUGACAUGUUCCCAGAGGCACAAAUCAAAUAGGUGGUGCACAUUUCAUAACACCUAGACUAUCACUAAAGGGACGUGAUGUGGUCUUAUCAGGCUAGGCUAACACCUAGACUAUCACUAAAGGGACAUGAUAUGCGGACCGUCUUAUCAGGCUAGGCUAACACCUAGACUAUCACUAAAGGGACAUGAUGUGUGGACGGUCUUAUCAGGCUAGGCUAAGCUACUGCUCUAUCAUAAGCUACUGCUUAUCAAAGGGCACCACCUAAAUCACAUCAUGCUAGCCUUUUUAGGCUUGCACAAUCCAAUUCAGUAAUACGAAUUAAUGUUAAGUAAUUUGAUUAUUCCUGUCCUUGUCUCCUGUUAAUCCAUAAUUAAAACAUACCAGUCCUUGCCCUCGAGUAAUUCGAGAAUGUAAACGGUUAAUCGUGACGGAUAUAAUUAUCAGUCUGUGUAAACGAAAUUGUUUAUGUUUUUACUUAAUUGUUGUCGAUGUAAUUCAGUUUCUCAAAGCUAGCUGUGUCAGAUGGAUGUGCCGAGGAAGUGUUGGGACUUCUGGAGUCAGUGUUGUAGUCUUUGUUCCGUGGUGUAGCCAGCCUGGUUGACCGGACCAUUAGGCAGGGUUCACGUCAACAGACAGACGCCAGUGAUCACCAGCCUGGCCUGCGUCGUUAACACUGCCAGUGCGCUAAGGCGACACAGAAUAGAAUCAUAUAAUCCCCGAUCUGUCAGUCUGCAGCUGACAACAUGACACGUUGGACAGGCCGAAAAAUGACGAAACAAUUCUAACAGAAAAGACGAAGACAAAUGGCCUGCACACAAUGUUCAAUUGAUCAGUCAUCAGUAACAAUCCUCACGCAGUGUGUUUAUGUGUUUUAUUUUUUUUACAUAUAGUUUACAGUAAUACUACGCGCCUAAACAUUUCCUCUGAAAUAAGAUUUGAAAUAAGAUCUGUUUUUUUUUUUUUAUUAAAAUGAUUUGCAAUCGUACAGGAUGGAACUAAGAGUUGAAAUAUGAUAUGUUUUUAUAAAAUACGUUACCAUGGUCCAGGAUGAAAUAGAAGAAUUACUAUGUGCUUUUCCAAGUCCAUAUAAAACAUUUGAUUUAAAAUGUAAGAGUGUGUGUAUGUGCAUUCGUGUGUGUGUAAUUUAAAUGGCGGAAAUUCAUGAUAUCUAAGGUGAUUUGUUUGAAAUGUAUUCAUAUUAUUUUUGCGUGCCAGGCUAUUCAUUCUUUUUCCUGAUAAAUGAAUGGCGGUACUAAAAUGACUUUUCCGACUCUAUUUAGAUUCUAGUGCCAAUACGUUUUCAUUCAUGCAUCAUUAGACCAGCUAUAGAAAGUGCUGUGUAUACCAUAUACCCAUAAAUAUGUUUUGCAUUAUAGAAGGACAUUGGUUUUGUUUGAAAAGACCGGUCGUUCUCCAACAAAGCUAGAAAGCUUUGCUUAUCGACUCUGGUCUUGAAUUUCCUUAACAUUGAUUUUGAACUAAAAUAUCACUAGGCCUCAAAUAUAACUUUAUAAUAUUAUUAGAUGUUACCAGAUCAUAUCGUUAUAUCGCACACCUGGUUUUGGAAAAAGCAACAAAUGCGUGUCGAGGCUGAAUUCAACUGCAAAGUUUCUUGAACUACGAGACAACCAUGGUCUCCUCAUGCUAAUGUCAGCGCUACACAGACAGACACUACUAAAGCAUGUAUAUGCAGAGAUUCCAUUAGGUUACUCAAGUUCAAGACGAUUUUAUUCAACUAGUAAUAACUCUGUCCAUGCAGGCUUUAGAACCACACACUGUGGGUCGUAGUGAUAGCCUAAAAAGUAACACAAUAGUCCUACAAUUACCAAUGUCCUACAUUUGUUCUCAGUCUUUUCAAAUGUUAAUAGUUUACUUUUGUUCUGUAAUAACACAUGACAAUGUCUGUUUUUUAAUGUAAAAUGUCAAUUACAUUGUUUAUGUGUGUUUAUGACUAAUUUAAUUACAUUUGUUUUACAUUUUGGAAUGUAAACGAUAUAUAUAUAUAUAUAUCUGGUAGAAUCAAUAUUUGAGAUUCUUCCUUUACAAAAAUAGCUGACAUGGAAAUCUUCUCGUCUCCAGACGAAGAUGUCUGAAUGACAGGCGGUGUAGCCAACACGGCGUGCAUGGGCUCUUAUGAACCGUAUAAUCGACGGAAUAAGAAAAUCUCAUCCUUUCAGUUUUGUUCACACUAAUUUAAUUUGUUCAGUUGACUGUAUUGCGACGUUUCUUAACGGUCACAACAAGCUGAAAACAGCAGAGUCGCGUUUAAAGCUCUUCUUUGAACAGCGCAGGCGCCAGCCCUCCGUGCGCCUAGCUUGUCAAUGAAUAUUUAUGACUUGCGCUAGCAGCCAGUUAAACCCAGGCCGAGCUGUGUGUGUUGUUUUCAAUGAUAGAAAUUAAUGCGAACUUGCACGUUCCAACUAUGAAUUAUAUUUAAACGUUCAGGAAAGUAUUUGACCCAUGAAUACAGACAUGUGUCACUUUAUAACUUUAACACGCAGGUUAUUGCAAAGUCAAAUAUCCUGUUCCAAAUAUGAUUAUAGCAUAGUAUGGUCCAAUUAUAAUAUAGACGUCAAAUAUUCAAUUAAGAUGUUAAUGGAAAUCAAGGUUUUAUUAUUUGACUAACAGACCUACAAAACGGGUAAUACUAACUAUCGAACAAAGCCGUUAGCUACCAAAUAGCUGCUUACAUUUUCCAAUAUAUAUAUAUAUACAAGACAAUGUGUUUCAUCAUUUCAGAGUUAUUUCAAGUUCUGAACAAAAUUUAGAAGACAUUCUGUAUGAUUAUGUUCGUUAUUGUUAUACCCUAACCUUUUUUUUUCUGAUUGGGUGUUGGAGUGUAAACCUGGCAACUUGUUUCUAAUGCGCACUUGAUGUUGGCCUAUACAAUCCUCAAAUCUGUCAAGUUAUUAACAUAGUUGCCAGGCUGCAGGAAGGAUUAGUCUAGUAUCAAGUUACUGAGUUGACUAGUCUAUGUACUCGAGCUGAGGCGUUGGUUGAACCCGGCAGUACAUGGAGCCCCGGAGGUACACGGAGACCCAGUCGGAGAAGAGAAGGAAGGCGGUUGUGCCACUUGAUGAAUCAUGACUGCCCGUCCACGGUUCCACAUGUUCAUCCCACGGUGUUAACUAAAUGAAUAAGAUACAUAUUUAGUCGUAAGACUACAUGCUGAUAUGUAUAGGGUAGCGUAUGUGUUUCCCCCCCACCUCAAUGAUGGUGUAGACAUGUUUAGUGCGCAGAUUUUCCCAAUAGACAAUUGAUCUGAUGAUUGAACAUUUGUGUCUUUAGUUUGGAUAGUUUAGUCCUUAUUAUGGUAACAGGUGAAAAAAAAAAAAGCAUCGGUGUGAUUACACGUUUUUUUUUUUUUGUUGACCUUGGCAGAAAUGUGUAUUUAUUAUAAUGAUUGUGAUGAUUCUGCUAAUGUUCUGUUUGUUAUCGUGUCGUUAUCUCUUCUGUGUGGUUUCUUUUCAUGAACCCAAGGCAAAUAAAGACAUCCUGCGUUUACA